UCGGGUGCGAACAGUGAGAGAUCGCGGUCCACUCGCGCCGCCCGCCUAACCCCGACCAAAACGCGAGCACGACGCAUGCGCCCGCGCCGCACUCCACAAACGAUAACACACUGCAGUUACUAUCUAUUCUUUACCAACGUACGUGAGCUAUUCCACUACCGUUAUAAGUUUAAGUGUGUAUGCAAAGUCAGUUAUCGUGGGUUUUUAAAACAUCUAGGUGUGCGGUCUAACCAUGGUAGCGGGCGACGUAACGCGGCGCGCGUCGAUCACCGCGCCAUCGAUGCACCGCCGGCCGUCGGCUAGACGCGGCUCACUCAUCAAAGGCUCACAAUCUGCUUCACAGGAGGUACCAUGGGAUAUAAUAGAUCGUUGCGCGCUCCCCAUCGUUCUGUGCCACGCGCUCGCCGUGGUGCUGUCGACACUACUGAACGCCUUGCACCUCAGCUCGGUGUCGGUCUUCACGCUCUUCCUCUGGUUCUCCAUCUCCGUCACCGGCUCUCUUUGGUUCUACCAUAACUUACAGGUAACUGCAGCUGGUAAGGCGGUCCUGGUGACCGGCUGUGACAAUGUGUUGGGGAAUGCCCUCGCUCGCCGCCUGGACGACCUCGGUUACCACGUGUUUGCCGGGUUCCAGAGCAAAGCUGGCAACAUUGACGCCGACAUGCUCAAAGAAGACUGCUCAGGAAGAUUGCACACACUCCAACUUGAUGUCACUUCAGAAACUCAGAUUCUCUCGGCAUCACUGUACAUCGUAGACCACCUACCAGAGGGCGCGCAAGGACUGUGGGCCAUCGUAAACUGCGAAUCGUGGUGUGCGCUCGGCGAACUAGAAUGGGUGCCUUUCUCCGUCAUCAAACGGGCAAUGGAUGUCAACUUGCUUGGUCCAGCCCGGCUGGUGCAGGUGAUGCUGCCGCUGGUGCGUCGCGCUCGCGGCCGCGUGGUGCUCGCCUCCUCCAUCCUGACGCACGUGGCGGCGCCGGUGCGUGGUGUGCACGCAGCUUCCCUCGCCGCCCUCGACGCUCUCGCCGCUUGUCUUCGUCGUGAACUCAAACCACGAGGAGUUGAUGUUGUGGUAGUAGCGGCUGGCGAGUACACGACGGGCAGCGCGUGGCUCUCCGAGGAGAAACUUCUGGAACAAGCCCGCGACAUGUGGAAGAGGCUUAGCGACGAACAAAAAGGCGCAUACGGCGAAGACUACUUCGAAACAGCGCUGCGAAGCCUUGAGAAAUACACCAAAAGCGCUGACGCUGACCUGACCGCCGUGACACGUGCGCUGAGUGAUGGAGUGACACGCACGUUCCCGCUCGCCCGCUACACCCCCGUCUCCCCUCGGGAAAAACUCAAGUCCCUCCUGGCUGAGCACAUGCCCCGCUCUCUCUACGAAGGCCUGUACACUGAUUAAAAGGAAGCUCAACACACACCACCUAAUAAAUAUCUCGGUUUAUGUUUCCUCAUAAUACUCCGGCCUUUCAUACAGCUAUCAUUUUUAAUUUCCCCAGUCAAAGGUCAAACGUGGGGAAAGCGAAGCACGAGUAAAACCGACGGUACUGUUUUUGCACCUACUAUGGAAAUUAGAAUUUGCUUUUUGUUUCGAACUUUAACAAGUUAUGAUUUGAGCGGCGAAUAUAACAGUUUUUUAGCAAAGCCUUAUUUCAGGUAGGUGCGUUCAUUGUUUGAAUAAAUUGUUAACAAAGGUAAAAGGAAGGCUUAGUAAUUAAGAUGACAUUGCUUUCUAAAUUUAGGUCAAA